AUGUCCGAAAUGUCUGGGGAGCAGAUGCAGGCAAAAAUCGCUGCUGCACGACGCGAUGCGGAAAGUCUGAAGGACAAAAUCAAGCGCAAGAAGGAAGAACUCGCCGAUACAUCAUUGCGAGGAAUAGCACAAAGCAAUACCGAUGCGUUGCCGCGGAUUGGCAUGAAGGCUCGCAAGGUCCUCAAAGGUCACUUGGCCAAAAUCUACGCUAUGCACUGGUCUACAGAUCGUAGACAUCUAGUCUCUGCCUCACAGGAUGGUAAACUUAUCAUUUGGGAUGCUUACACAACAAACAAAGUUCAUGCUAUACCCCUUCGAUCCUCGUGGGUCAUGACAUGUGCAUAUGCUCCCAGCGGAAACUACGUUGCCUGCGGCGGACUGGAUAAUAUCUGCUCAGUCUACAACCUCUCUUCACGGGAGGGACCUACUCGUGUUGCCCGCGAGCUCUCAGGCCACUCUGGCUACCUUUCCUGCUGCCGAUUCAUCAAUGACCGUCGAAUCCUUACUUCUUCUGGCGACAUGACAUGUAUGCUGUGGGACGUCGAGACCGGCUCGAAAGUCACAGAAUUUGCCGAUCAUCUAGGAGAUGUCAUGAGCAUCAGCAUAAACCCCACAAAUCAACAUGUCUUCAUAUCUGGAGCAUGCGAUGCCUUCGCCAAGCUCUGGGACAUCCGCACAGGAAAAGCCGUACAAACAUUCGCAGGCCACGAGUCAGAUAUCAAUGCAGUGCAAUUCUUCCCUGACGGUCAGGCCUUUGGUACUGGUUCCGACGAUGCUACCUGCCGUCUAUUCGAUAUUCGCGCAGAUCGAGAAGUCAACACGUACGCCAGCGACCAGAUCCUUUGCGGCAUCACGUCUGUUGCCUUCUCAGUCUCUGGGCGUCUACUAUUCGCAGGUUAUGACGAUUUUGAAUGCAAGGUCUGGGAUGUGCUCCGGGGUGACCGUGUGGGCAAUCUUAACGGCCAUGAAAACCGAGUGAGCUGUCUGGGUGUGAGCAACGAUGGAAUGAGCCUGUGUACUGGAUCUUGGGACUCCACCCUCAAGGUUUGGGCUUGGUAA